GAGUCACGGGCCUUGCACGAGAGCAAAAUCCCAAACGUGGAACCACGUGAUGAUUUGAGCCAUGAUCGACAAUGCAAAAGUGAGAAAGAACAGGGAAAAGAGUGGGGGUUGCCAGCCGAGGGACGUGGCCUCGCAAGCUAAGUAUCAAAAAGACUUACAACGGGGGCGUUCGUGCUCCACGCUGCUUUCCUGCUCCAACCUCCUUCCACUGUACUCCUCCACUUCUGCUUGCUCAUGAAUCGCUUUGUCACUAUUGCAUUAGCUCAGACGCUGCCACCUCCCCUGAACUGGCAAAGUGCGGUUCUUGAUCUCUCCUUUCUUGUUGCGACUCCUUCACCCACUUGGCUUUCCCAUCUGACACGUCAAAUCAUCUAAUUCCACAUCCUCCGUCACCAUCCAAGUGAGCAUUUACAAAAUUCCUUGCUUGCUGCACCCUUAUAUCAUCGGCACCCCGGACAAGCUUCCCUGCCGCUUAUAAAUUCAGUGGCCUCACUCUCGCAAAUUCCAUGCAUCCCCGCACUCUAUUUUCCACCUUGCUCCUAUAUCGUUUAUUGAAGCACCAUGACUGCAGUUUCUGUGCUCAUCAUAGUCACUGCACUCUCACUUUGCUCCCUCGUGCAGUCCUGCCCUCCGUCCGAAUGGGCGGCUCUCAUGGCCUUCAAGGCUUCUUUGAAUGAGCCCCGCGUCGGCCUCUUCCGUUCCUGGAGAGGCACCAACUGUUGCUACCGCUGGUACGGCGUCCGCUGCGACCCCGCCACUCGCCGCGUCGUCGACAUCACCCUCCGCGGCCUCCUCGACGACCCUGUCUUCCGGCACGUCAAUCGCACCGGCUACAUGUCCGGUUCCAUCUCCCCUUCCGUCUGCAACCUCACCCAACUCUCCACUCUUUCAGUCUCCGACUGGAAGGCCAUUUCCGGCCCCCUCCCUCGCUGCAUCCCUUCCUCCCUGCCUCUCCUUCGAAUCCUUGAUCUCUCUGGCAACAUGCUGUCCGGCGACAUUCCCCGCGACAUUGGGCGGCUCCGCCAGCUCGCCAUGCUUAACCUCGCUGAUAAUCAUCUCUCCGGGAGCAUCCCUGGCAGUCUGGUGAAUCUCUCCAGUUUAACGCACCUUGACCUCAGGAACAACGCGCUGGGGGGUCCCAUUCCGCGGGACAUCGACAGGCUCCGAAUGCUGAAUCGGGCUUUGUUGAGCCGCAACCGGAUCACCGGCCGGAUCCCCUGGCGGAUAUCGAGAAUAUAUCGGCUCGCGGAUUUGGACCUGUCGCUGAAUCGGAUAUCGGGGAGGAUUCCGGAGGCGCUGGGUGAAAUGGCGGUUCUGGAUACGCUGAAGUUGAAGUAUAAUAGGAUAAGAGGGGGUGUGCCGGCGAGUUUGCUGAGGUCGAGAAUGAGUCAAAUAGAUUUGAGCAGAAACGAGCUAGUGGGGCAUAUAGCGGACGUGUUUCGCGAAGGAACGUAUUUUAUAAAUCUGGAUUUAUCGCACAACAAAUUGAGGGGCAGUAUCCCCAAGUCGAUGAAGUCGGCCCAGUAUAUGGGUCGCUUGGAUUUGAGUCACAACCGUCUUUGCGGGCGCAUUCCCAGUGGUUCACCUUUUAACCACCUCGAUGCCUCCUCCUUCCAUAACAAUCUCUGUCUCUGUGGAAGCCCCUUCAAACCUUGCUGAUCCAUUUCUCCCCCAUUUUCUUGUCAUCUGUGCUUGCUUUGCCUCUCUGCUGUGUUACUGUGUAUUCAUCCAUGUUCAACUUUGUUCCCUUUGCUCGACUUUGGAUUACAUCUCUCACUUAAUUA